AAGGGGAUAGCUCCGCUGAAAGGAAGAGCCACUUCCGCCAUUUUGUCAUUAGCAUAGAGAAGUACAAGAGAGGAGUCUACUGUUCAGCGGGGUUUGGCGCUGCACUCCCGCCAAAAACAUCGUAUUUCAAGAUGACCGACGUACAAAGUCAGGGACCCAAGGUCCUCGAGACGGUCGAGGACAUCCAGGCUCGACGUGACGAGGUGCUCGGCCGGUACAGCCAGUUCAAGGAUGCCGUCGCUUUCCGUCGGCAGAGACUCCAGGACUCCAGACGAUACUUGUACUUCAAGCGGGAUGCAGAUGAACUGGAGAAAUGGAUCGUGGAGAAACUACAGAUCGCAGCAGAGGAGAGUUACAAGGACCCAACCAACCUUCAGGGUAAGUUACAGAAACACCAGGCGUUUGAAGCAGAGGUACAGGCCAACAGCAACGCCAUCAUGGUGCUGGAUACCACCGGCCAGGAGAUGAUCUCGGAGAGCCACUUCCGCUCAGAAGACAUCCAGGCUACCCUGGAUGAGUUACAUCGCCUGUGGGACCUGCUGAUGAUGAAGCUAGCGGACAAGGGAGUCAAACUGAUGCAGGCCAUGAAGCUGGUGCAGUUCCUGCGGCUGUGUGACGAGGUGAACUACUGGAUCAAGGAUAAGGAGACGUUUGCCAGUGCUGUUGAGACAGGGCGAGACUUGGAGCACGUGGAAGUCCUGCAGAAACAGUUUGAGGAGUUCCAGACGGACCUCUCCGCUCACGAGGAGAAGAUCAACGAUGUCAACAACACCGCAGACUCACUGGUCAACGAUGAACAUCCCGAGGUAGAGCAGAUCCGCAACAAACAAGAGGAGGUGAACGCAGCCUGGCAGCGGCUGAAGCAGUUGUCCCUGGAGCGUCAGGAGAAACUGUUCGGGGCAGCAGAGAUACAGAGAUUCAACAGGGAUGCUGAUGAGACCGUUUCCUGGAUCAACGAGAAGGACAGCACGCUGUCGUCGGAGGAUAUCGGGAAGGACCUGCCGGAGGUGCAGGCGCUGCAGCGUAAGCACGAGGGGGUGGAGCGCGACCUCGCUGCUCUCGAGGACAAGAUGAGUCUGGUAUUGCAGCAGGGAACAGCUAGGGUUACCACCCUAAGUGCAGAGGCAGACCGUCUACAGUCUGCCCACCCAGAGAGUGCAGAGGACAUUGGGACCAAGAAGGAUGAAGUGUUGGCUGCCUGGGACAGAAUCAAGACCAAGGGAGAGGAGCGUAAGUCUCGUCUGAACGACUCCUACCGUCUGCAACGCUUCCUGGCGGAUCACCGCGACCUGGUGUCCUGGUGUAACGAGAUGCGCGCCCUCAUCUCCGCAGAUGAGCUUGCGAAGGACGUACCCGGGGCAGAGGCUCUGCUGGACAAACAUCAGGAGCACAAGGGAGAGAUUGAUGCUCGUGAGGACAGUUUCCGCACCACAGCCGAGGCAGGACAGAGCCUGUUGGAGGAAAACCACUUUGCUUCGGAUGAAGUCAAGGAGAAGCUUGUGGCCCUGGCCAAUGAGAAGACGUCAUUGCUUGAGCUGUGGGACGAGCGACACGUGCAGUACGAACAGUGCCUCGACCUUCAGCUGUUCUACCGCGAUGUUGAACAGGCCGAGGCCUGGAUGGGCAAACAGGAGGCCUUCCUUGCCAAUGAUGACCUUGGUGACUCCCUUGACUCUGUGGAGGCCCUCAUCAAGAAGCAGGAAGACUUUGAGAAGUCUCUGGCAGCACAGGAAGAGAAGAUCAACGCCCUGAAUGACUUUGCCAACAAACUGAUUGAGAACAACCACUACGCUUCUGACGAUGUGGCUGCUAAGAGGGAUGCUCUGCUGACCCGUCGUGAGGAGCUUCUGAAGAAGUCUGCGGCGCGCCACACUGUGCUGGAGGACUCGUACCGCCUGCAGCAGUUCCAGCGUGAUGCUGACGAGGUCAAGGCCUGGAUCAACGAGAAGCUGAAGACAGCAACAGAUGAGUCGUACAAGGACCCUACCAACCUGCAAGGUAAGAUCCAGAAGCACCAGGCCUUCGAGGCGGAGCUGCAGACCAACCAGGGCCGGGUGGACGCGGUGAACCAGCAGGGUCGCGACCUCAUCGACGCCGACCACUACAGCAAGGACAACAUCGAAGCACAGCUGGAGGAGAUCGCUGCUCUGUGGGACCAGCUGAAACUCGCUUCUGAGAACAAAGACAAGAAGCUGCGUGAAGCCCAGCAGCAGCAGCAGUUCAACCGCGGCUGCGAGGACGUGGAGCUGUGGCUCACGGAGGUCGAAGGUCACCUGGCCUCGGAGGAUCUUGGGAAGGACCUUCCCAGUGUACAGAACCUUCAGAAGAAACAUGCUCUACUGGAGGCUGACGUGGCUGCUCACCAGGAGCGUAUGGACGGUAUUGACAUCCAGGCUAAGCAGUUUGUGGAUGAGGGUCACUUUGACGCCGACAACAUCAAGGCUAAGCAGGAGGCUCUUCAGGAGAGAUACGAUGCGCUGCAGGAGCCUCUCGCUGCUCGGAAGGCGAAGCUUGCUGAUUCGCUGCGGUUCCAGCAGCUGGUGCGUGACAUCGAGGACGAAGAAGCGUGGAUCCGUGAGAAGGAACCUGUCGCCUCCUCUACAAACAGAGACGAGGUUGCUGUGGCUGGGCGCGACCUGAUUGGAGUACAGAACCUCCUGAAGAAACACCAGGCGCUGCAGGCGGAGAUUGCCGGGCACGAGAACCGCAUCAAGGCGGUCUGCCAAACCGGACAGGACAUGAUCCAGGAGGAGCACUUCGCCUCGGAGGACAUCAACGCCAAGGUGUCGGGACUCGAGGACAAGUGGCAAGGACUCAAGGACAAGGCAGGACAGAGGAAGCAGGACUUGGACGACUCCCUGCAGGCGCAGCAAUACUUUGCUGAUGCCAACGAGGCUGAGUCGUGGAUGAAGGAAAAGGAGCCGAUUAUUGGAAGUGUGGACUAUGGAAAGGAUGAGGACUCGGCUGAGGCCCUCUUGAAGAAACAUGAGGCCAUCGUGUCAGACCUCGAUGCGUACGGAACCAGCAUCGAGGCACUCCGGGAGCAGGCAAAGGCCUGUAAGCAACAAGAAGCUCCCGUUGAAGACGACACUGGCCGUCAGUGCGUGGUCGCUCUGUACGACUACCAGGAGAAGUCGCCGCGUGAGGUAUCGAUGAAGAAGGGAGACGUGUUGGUGUUGUUGAACAGUGCGAACAAGGAUUGGUGGAAGGUGGAAGUGAAUGAUCGCCAGGGUUUCGUACCCGCAGCUUACGUGAAGAAGAUCGAUGCCGCCCAGUCGGCAUCCCGUGAGAAUCUCUCGGGGCAGGCCGUGAACAGUGUGGCAGCAAGGCAGGAACAGAUCGAAAAACAGUAUAACACCCUGCAGUCUCUGGCUAACGAUCGCAAGUCCAACCUGGAGAAGUCCUGCAAGAAGUUCAUGCUCAUCCGAGAGGCAAACGAACUGCAAAACUGGAUUAACGAAAAGCAAACACAAGCUGAAGCCAUUGCUGCUUCGGAGGAGCUUGGGGAUGAUCUGGAACAUGUGGAGGAGCUGCAGAAGAAGUUUGACAACUUUUCUAAGGACCUUAAGUCUCACCAGAACCGCCUGCAAGAAAUCAACGAGAUUGCCCGGAAGUUGGAGGAUGAGGGCAUGAUUGUAGCGGAGGAGGCACCUGCCGUACAGGCACAAGUCGCUUACGCUGUAGAGGCAGCUCCCGUGAAUGCCGCCAUGCUUGGUGCGGCUCCCGGCGCCGCGGGCGAGUUACAGACUACUCGUACAACUGUCACCACCACACGAACAGCCGUAGAUACACAGAACUUACAGGCUGAUGAGACUGAUUCUAAGUCGUCCUGGAAAGACUUAGCUUUCCGCUUGAAUGUGAUUGCGAACCUGAACCAGCGCUGGGCGGCAUUGGAGCAGCUCGCCAGUGACCGCAGCGCCACCUUGGGGAGUGCACAUGAAGUGCAGCGCUUCCACAGGGAUGCAGAGGAGACCAAGGACUGGAUUGCAGAGAAGGACCAGGCCCUGAACACUGACAACUACGGACAUGACCUGGCCAGCGUGCAGGCACUGCAGCGUAAACAUGAGGGCUUCGAGAGGGACCUGGCUGCUCUGGGAGACAAGGUGCACUCCCUGGAUGACACCAGCCAGCGCCUGAUCCAGACCCACCCCGAGGCUGCUGACUCCAUCUCCGAGAAGCAGUCAGAAAUCAACGAUGCCUGGGGCAACCUCACGGCGCGUGCUGACGCCCGGAAGGCCAAACUCAUGGACUCGCAGGACUACCAACGCUUCCUGUCUGACUUCAGGGACCUCAUGUCCUGGAUCAAUGGCAUCAUGACCUUGGUGUCCUCGGACGAACUCGCCAAGGACGUGACAGGCGCCGAGGCCCUGUUGGAGCGCCACCAGGACCAUCGUACCGAGAUCGACGCCCGCGCUGGCAGCUUCCAGGCGUUCGACAACUUCGGUCAGCAGCUGCUGGCCAAGAACCACUACGCCAGCCCUGACAUCGAGGAGAAGCUGGCAACGCUGGCUCGGGAGAGAGAGGAACUGGAGAAGGCCUGGGUGGCUCGGCGCAUGAAGCUGGACCAGUGUCUGGAGCUGCAGCUGUUUAACCGUGACUGCGAGCAGGCCGAGGCCUGGAUGGCCUCCCGCGAGGCCUUCCUGCAGGAGGCCGAGGGUCCGGAGGGGUCCUCUGUGGAGGCCAUGAUCAAGAAACACGAGGACUUUGACAAGGCCAUCAAUGCACAGGAGGAGAAGAUCCUUGCCCUCCAGUCCUUCGCUGACCAGCUCAUCGCCGCUGACCACUACGACGCUCCGGCCAUCACUGACCGUCGUGACGAGGUCCUGGACCGCUGGCGUUCCCUGAAGGCCGCCCUGAUCGAGAAGCGCUCCAAGCUGGGAGAGUCCCAGAGCCUGCAGCAGUUCAGCCGUGAUGCUGACGAGAUCGAGGCCUGGAUCAGUGAGAAGCUGCAGACAGCCACUGAUGAGAGCUACAAGGACCCUGCUAACAUCCAGAGCAAGCACCAGAAGCACCAGGCGUUUGAGGCCGAGCUGGCUGCUAACGCUGACCGUGUGCAGGGUGUCAUUGGGAUGGGACAGAGUCUGAUUGACCAGAACAAGUGUGCAGGUAGUGAGGAGGCAGUGAGUGCCCGGAUUGUCAGCCUGGGCGACCAAUGGGAGUAUCUGGUACAGAAGUCUGCGGAGAAGAGCCAGAUGCUGAAGGAAGCCAACAUGCUACAGAACUUCAACACGGGAGUGAAGGAGAUAGAGUACUGGCUGACGGAGGUGGAAGCCCUGGUCCAGUCUGAGGACUACGGCAAAGACCUGGCCUCCGUCUCCAACCUGAUGAAGAAACACCAGCUUCUAGAGGCUGACAUCACUGCUCAUCAGGACCGUAUCCGUGACCUGAACAACCAGGCGGACACCUUCAUCUCCUCCAACCACUACGACAUGGAGUCCAUCAAGGAGAAGAAGACGACCAUCAACACCCGCUUCGAGCGGCUGCAGAACCUGGCGUCGGAGCGGCGCCAGCGCCUGCAGGAGUCCCUCACACUACACCAGUUCUUCAGGGACAUUGAUGAUGAGGAGGCCUGGAUCAAGGAGAAGAAGUUGCUGGUGAGUUCGGAUGACUAUGGCCGUGACCUGACGGGUGUGCAGAACCUCCGCAAGAAACACAAGCGUCUGGAGGCAGAGCUGGCCGGGCACGAGGCCGCCAUUCAGGCUGUGCAGAACACAGGAGAGGGCCUGAUGGCCCAGUCCAGCCUGGGCGCCGCUGAGAUCCAGCGCCGCUGUGACGAGCUCACCGCCAACUGGUCGGAACUCAAACAGCUCGCAGCCAACAGGUUGGCACAGGAUAUUUUUCCGCACAUCAGAUUUAGCCCUGCGGACAUCCAGUGGUGGUGUAUGCAGUUGUACGCUCACUUCACCGACCUGAAAAACAUGGCUAAGGACAGAGGCCAAAAACUGGAAGACUCCCUGGCCUACCAGCAGUUCAGUGCCAAUGUAGAUGAGGAGGAGUCCUGGAUCAACGAGAAGCAGAACCUGGUGUCCAGCGAGGACUAUGGGGACACCCUGGCCGCUGUGCAGUAUUUUCUGAACCUUUCUACUGAGUUGGGAGCGGUUUCUGCCACUAUGAAGGGUCUGCAAAAGAAGCACGAGGCGUUUGAGACGGACUUCAAGGUUCACCGUGAGCGUGUGGAUUACAUCUACUCUCAGGGGAACAAACUGAUUGAUGAGGGCAACCACCGCUCGGAUGACAUCAGAGGAAGGAUCCAGUCCCUGGAGUCCAAGGUGCGCUCGCUGGAGGACAGCGCCACCAAGCGCAAACAGAACCUGGACGACAACUCUGCCUUCCUGCAGUUCAACUGGAAGGCUGAUGUUGUGGAGUCUUGGAUUGCUGACAAGGAAGCGACGGUGUUCUCUGACGACUACGGGCGUGACCUGAGCUCGGUACAGACCCUGCUGACGAAGCAGGAAACGUUCGAUGCGGGUCUGCAGGCCUUCGAGAAGGAGGGCAUCACCACCAUCACCAAGCUCAAGGACCAGCUGGUCGCUUCCCAGCAUGCUCAGUCCGACGCCAUCAAGCAGCGCCACGCCAACCUCAUCAAGAGAUGGGAGAAACUGCUGGCAGACUCAGGGGCUCGUAAGCAGCGCCUGCUUCGCUCCCAGGAGCAGUUCAAGCAGGUGGAGGACCUGUUCCUGCUGUUUGCCAAGAAAGCUUCGGCCUUCAACAGCUGGUUUGAGAACGCGGAGGAGGAUCUCACCGACCCUGUCCGCUGUAACUCCAUUGAGGAGAUCAAGGCUCUUAAAGAUGCCCACGCAGCCUUCAAGGCCUCGCUGACCUCAGCAGAAGCUGACUACCAGCAGCUGAUCGAGCUGGACAAGAAGAUCAAGAGCUACAAGGUCACCAGCAACCCGUACACCUGGUUCACUAUUGAGGCCAUUGAUGAUACCUGGAGGAACCUGCAGCGCAUCAUUGCGGAGCGCGAGGCAGAGCUGAAUAAGGAGAAGGUGCGACAGGAGGAGAACGACAAACUGCGCCGCCAGUUCGCUCAGCAUGCCAACGCCUUCCACUCUUGGCUUCAGGAGACCAGGGCCUACCUCCUGGACGGUAUUGAACUGCUCGGUCCGUACCAAAAGUACCACCGCCUCAUAGAUGAGCGUGGCACUCAAAGGGCUGCUAUGGUGGAGGAGACUGGAUCUCUGGAGGCCCAGCUAGAGGCAACCAAGGCAAGCACCAGCAACCUGGAACACCAACUGGAACUCAUGAAGCAAAAGUGCCAGGAGAUCCGCACCCACCGCACCCAACUGAAGAAGGUGGAAGACCUGGGAGCAAACAUGGAGGAGCGACUCAUCUUAGACAACAGGUACACGGAGCACAGCACGGUGGGGCUGGCCCAGCAGUGGGACCAGCUGGACCAACUGGGGAUGCGCAUGUGUCACAACCUGGAACAGCAAAUACAGGCCAGGAACAAAGUUGGAGUGUCGGAGGAGGCUCUCAAGGAGUUCAGCAUGAUGUUCAAACAUUUCGACAAGGAUAAGAGCGGGAAGCUGGACCAUCACGAGUUCAAGUCCUGUCUGCGCUCCCUGGGGUACGAUCUGCCCAUGGUGGAGGAGGGAGAGCCGGACCCGGAGUUCCACGCUAUACUCGACACCGUCGAUCCCAAUAGGGAUGGGUACGUGUCACUGCAGGAGUACAUGGCCUUCAUGAUCAGUCGCGAGACAGAGAACGUGCAAACGAGCGAGGAGGUGGAGAACGCCUUCCGGGCCAUCGCUACGGAGGGGAAACCAUACGUGACGAAGGAAGAGCUCUACGCGCACCUGACUAAACAACAGGCAGACUACUGUGUCAAACACAUGGUUCUGUGGAAGGACUCCACCGGCAGAGAGGUUCCAGACCACUACGACUACAGAGACUUUAUCCAAAAACUCUUUAACAGUAACACCUACUGACCUCACCUCUGUCAACCUGACAAAGGACCAGGCGGAAUACUGCAUCCUCCGCAUGAAACCGUACGUGGAUAACAGAGGCCACGAGGUCACAGGAGCGCUCGACUACAUAGACUUUACCCAGUCCCUAUUCGCCAACUAAUCCCCCCACCCCUUCCCCACUUAUAGUAAGCUUACAAUGUAUUACCCGCUAUGCUACCUAUAUAGUUACUCAGAAUGUUAGUCUUAUUGUGCUGUUGCGUAUGCAUGUGUGUGUAUUUACAUUCUACCAUCUUGCUGGUUUGGAAGCUGCCUUGCACAGUUUAUAGCAAGGGUCUGCCUCAUGAAGCCACUACACUUUCGUAGUAGAAAGUUAGCAUAAGUAGUUAGAAAUUGCUACAUAAUUGCAACGUAUACUACUGAAAUAACAAUCCAAUGUUAACCCAAGAAUAGUUACCCUACAAAAGUCGAUACAUAUUUCUAUAUCCAGCUUACUUUGCUGAUAGUGAAUGAUAGUGUUACAUAUAGUAGGAUAUGUAAGAACUGAUUAACUACAAAUAGCAACUGUUAUUAAAAGUAGAACUAAUGCAUAGUAUUGAUGGAGACUUCAUCCAAGUAUAUGUAGUAAUAUCUCCAUUAGGGACUGAGACAGUGUGUGGUUGUACUCUUGGCUAUAAUAAAGACUUUGCAAGUGCUCAUGUAGCAGCAAGGCAGAGACUUGACCAUAACCAAAGUCUCUUUGCAGUUUCCCUCAGACCAUUUUGUGAGCUUUGUUGUCAAAACUCUGCAGUUUUAGACGUUUGUUUUUAAGGAUCACAUUAAGGACUGGUUUUAUACAAAUUGUUGCUUCUGAAGCUGCUGCAAGCUACCACCAACAUCUGGUAAUAUGAAUGCAACAAGCUCAGAACUUAUGUCAGGAAGAAAUGGGAUGGGAAGAGAAGCAUGUUUGAAGUUACCAUUCCUUAAAUGUCAUCAUGACUGUAAUACAGACCAUUGUUUAUUGAAGUUUAGACAAUUUCUUGAAUUCUUGUACUUGAAUUGUUUUAGUUGUUUUCCACCAAGAAGUGUAUCCAUGCAUGUGCUCUUCCACUGAUACUUGCACACUGUGUGACUCACUCCUGUUCUCUGUGUGGCAUGCUGACAGCACAAUAAAGUAGUAUUACUCCGGAGCAA